AUGUGGAAGACCAUCAUGUGCUCGCCCCGGACUGCAGAGCCAGUGCAGCUAAUACUUCUGGAUGUGCUGGGGAGCUGGCCAGAGCACAGCACGUGUACCUCUGAUGGGGAUGAAACGGGUGUCUUUGGCCUGACUGCAACCGUGGUGAUGUGGAAGAUCCUCCAGGUACCCUGUGUCCCACGUGUAGUGAGGCCGUAUUUCCCUCGCCUGCUUGUGCAUCUGCUCUUCCAAGUGUUCUUCAGCACAGAAGAGAUGGCAGAGGAGGUGGAUAUCUUCUGGAAGGGAUGCCAGGAAGAGCACGGCCUUGCCACCAGCCCUAACAGGUUUGCAGUGCAGACUCUGAAGUCCCUGCUGUGCCGAAUGCAGCACGAGGAUGUGGUGGUGGCAAUGGAACGCAGGUGUGGCUGGGACACGUUGCUGUGUGCUGACACCCACCACUGUGCCGUGGGUCUCCUGGCCAGGAGGAUGUGCUGUGUCUCCAUCCCCUUGUGUUCCCGGAUCGCUCGCUACCUGCUCCGGCUGCUCAGCACACAGGAGCCACGCUGGGAGCUGCCCGCCCUGGCGUUCCUUGUGGAGGUCCUCAAGUGGCUGGACUUGAGUGAAUGCGGCGUUAACAGAGUCCUGCAAAUCUUGUCAAGGCAGCUGCAGAGUGAAUGCAGGGAGAGGCGUCGCCUGGCGCUCAGGGCCCUUCUCAAGCUCACUGAUGAUCCCUGCAUGACCAAAAACAUGCAGAGCCUGACUGAAAGUCUUGUGGAGCUCCUGUGGGAUGGAGAGAUAGUUAUGAUGACAGUCAUGCUACUCAACUCUAUCAUCUUGGACAGUGACAGGCUGCUGCCCAGCCCCAUCACACUGCAGCUGCUUGAGGCGCUCCUGCCACUCUUUGACCACGACAAUAGCCAGGUGCAGCUGAUCUCCAUACUGCUCUUCCAAACAUUGGUGACUCAUCCAGAGGAAAAGGCAAAAAAGGACCUGAAGACACCCCUGCGCAAGAGCCUGCUGCCACUGUUCUUCCACUGCCAUGAUGAGAAUGAGCGUGUGGCACAGGCUUCUCAGGAAACACUGCUUUGUGUGGCUGAGUUCCUGAAGAGGAGAGAUCUUGAAAGACUGCUGAAGAGCAAGAAGCUGUGGAAGUUCGCUGAGUUCCUGCUGGCAGAGGACAGGAGCCGAGCGGCCGAGCACCUGCGCCAGGCCCUGCGCUACCUGGAGAGCCCACAGGAGCCCCUGCGAGAGGCGGCCAUGAAGUUCAUGGGCAUGGCCGGGCGGCGCCUGAGGGGGCAGCAACAAGAGCUGCAGCUGAUCUGCACUGCGUGGGCGAUAUUCCACCAUCCAGAGGCUGCAAGAUCAGCUGCACAGGGCAUGGAGGACUCGGCCUCGCCUGUCGGGGCUCGGCUGCUGCACUGCCAGAUGACUGAGGAGGAGAGCUGA